AUGAAGGCUGAGCAAUUGCACAGCAUGAACAGAAGGCGGAAGGAGUUCCAUGAAUUCAUUCUUUCGGACACAAAGUACACAGAGCAGAGAUCGUGCUUAAUGAGCCUCCGUGUGCUAAACCAGAGCUAUAGGCAAGCAGGACUGUCAUCUAACGAGAUGCCGGAUCCUUCCACUAAAGUUAUUUCCAAGCUAUCGAGAGGAAAUACUGUGCUUGGAUAUAAAUUACACCUCAUUAGGCUUGCAUUGAUUGAUGGGCGUCCUUUCAAGCCGAGUAUUGAGGUAAAGCGUCACUACUACAACCAAGCCAGCAUUGUGCUGCUUCUAGCAAUGAUAAAAAACAAGCCAGAGCUGGUUUACUCAAUGCUCAGUGGAGGAUUUCCAAGCAGCAUCAAUGCAUCAAUAUUUGGAAGUGCCCUUUUUCCAACAUAUUUCCAUCUUGCAUGUGCAAUGAGCAGCGAGAUUUUGUCUGUUUUCAUGAGUUUCUCACCGAACUAUGAGCUAUGCUGGAAUGGACUUACGCCACAGAUGAUUGCGUCGUUUGGAGGGAAAACCUUGGAUGCAAAGCAGACAUUCAAUUUUGUAACGAUGAGGCAAUAUGGCUUGCUAAAUGCAUACCGAGGAAUCGAAACGGUUAAAACCGCAGACAAGCCUUUGUUUCUAGUUGACUUUUUGUGCAUGAGCGACGACAUUGCCGCAGCAAAAAAGAUCCUCGACAGGAAUCCAGAACUUGCAAAAGCGAGUAGACUGUGCUAUCUUGUGCAGGCCAACAUGGAAUUUGUUUUUCUUCUCAGCAAAUACCAAACAUCAAUCUGCCAAGAGAUCAAUGGGAUGUCUGCAUUGCAUGCAAAGUCUGCUGAUGGCGACAUUGAGCAGCUGAUUGCUUUUCUGGCGCUGGGAUGCAAUGUGAAUGCAACAGAUUGUCUUGGAAACACAGCAAUGCAUUACAGCGCAUCCCAUGAACAUUUUGAUUGUUUAGAAAUUCUUAUCAGGCUUGGAGGAAACAGAUCGAUGGUUAACAGAGAUGGAAUAAGCACGGAUGAUAUACUGGCUGCAAAGAACAUGACACUCGACAUCAAGGACGUGGAUGUUGAACUGCCGGAAGCAAUAUUCCAACUACUGGAGCACUCUGAAAACCUAUGGCAUUAUUUAUCGAUUGUUAGAAGGAUACGAUACAACCGCAGUCAUACAAUUGUCAAGAAGAAUAGAUUCACAAUAACGUCUCUUUUGAAUCUUCCACACAAGAUUGACUACACCGAAGCAAUGAUUCACAAAAUAAGCCAAGUCAAGCAGAUUGAUGUUGAAGCACACUCACCAUCCAAGACACUUCAGUUGUUCAUGGAGUAUGUACAGAAUUGA